AUGGCUGCUUCAGGAAUCGCUGCCGGUAUCAACAAGGGUCACAUCACUACUCGUCGUACCCUCAAAGCCAAGCCUUCUAACAAGAUUGGUGCUGCUUCCAAGCGUACUAUCUUUGUAAAGUCUGUUGUUCGUGAAGUUUCUGGUUUUGCACCUUACGAACGUCGUCUUAUGGAAUUGAUCAAGAACUCCAAGGAUAAGCGUGCCAAGAAGCUCUGCAAGGCUAGACUCGGUACCUUUGUUCGUGCCAAGAAGAAGAUUGACGAACUUACCGCUGUCAUUGCCUCUUCUCGUCGUCAUUAA